GCUUCCGGACGAUCUCCUAUGGUCGGUUCUCGGUGUACUGCAUGAUGCGCUUGGCGCGCUUUUUCAUUGCUGUCGGCCUUCUCUAUGCAGGAGUGCAGUGGCUAGCAGGGACGACGUCCAUCACUGAGCUCAUCCUGAACGCGGUGGCUCUGUCUGCGGUGCUUCAGAUCGAUGAGAUGAUUUUCUCUGCGCUGAUGCCGAAGAAGAUCCAGAUCUGCAUUCAGGAUCUGGAGGCGAUCAAGGUUCGAUACAGCAAAGGGCGAAGUCAAGUGGAGUCGGCUGUCCUGCUUUUUGCGAUUGGCCUCCUGAUGCUUUGGCCGUGGACCAACAAUGUGGGGCCACUGAGCCGGGACAUGCUGGAGGUCAAGCGCCAGUUCUGUGGGGGCACCCGGAACUUCGUGGUGACGGAUAACCAGUUGCAGUUGGUGACAGUGGGCAUGGUGACUGGAGAGUACAAUGCAGCGGCAGAAGAGACUUCGCUGCUCCGUUACAGUGUGGCCCAGCACAUCUGGCAAGAGGAUGUGGGGACGUCGAACAUGAUCAAGUUCAGCAAGGACCGUACCACAUUCCGCGAGGACAUGGAGACAUCGAUGUAUCACCGUAACUUCCACGACAGCCUCUGUAUGGACUUUGAUGAAGUUUUCUUGACGAACGCCUCACAUGAUCUCCAGGAGUUCUAUCGCCCCUAUUUCUUCUCGGCGAGUUUUGAAGCUGGGUAUCCAGAGGGAGCAACCUGCGAAGCAAUGUCGCACCUCUGCCACAGCAUCGAGCCACAGGGGCGGCUCGUGCGACACGUGUGUCCGCGUACUUGCGGAUGUCAAGAACAGUUCGUCAAUCCCGUCCUGCAGGUGCUUGGGGAGGGCUGCUCGAAAGCCUGUGACAACGAGCAGAGGGACAAGAUGCGGUUUUCAGCCUGCCAGGAUGUGGACCUCAACUCUUCUGCGACCCGUCGACAGGAUUGGGAAAUGUUCUGGGACACGUACAGACCCCUCAUCAACAAGAGGCUUUCGGUGGACUUCAACACCUCGGCAAGCCUCAGCUACCUCCCAGAUUGGAUUGAGUAUAUCAAGCAAGUGGGUUGCGAAGGUCUCACAGUCUCGGCUCAGGAUCCUGUGCUACGCAGCUCCUGGUGCGGAGGCAGUGUGUUCUACUCCCCGCUUGCACAUUGGUGCCCGCAAGCCUGCGGCUGCCACCAAGUGGAGAACAUCCCAGAGUGGUGCCCUCGCAGCUGCGAGGGAUGUCGAGACACUUCCGUUUUCCCAGAUGAUCUGGGCGUCCGAGACUGUGCACAAGCGAAAAUGCUGGGUCUGUGCUCUGUCUUUCCAGUGGAAGCCGCUUUGUACUGUGCUGAAACCUGUCAGUUGUGCCACAUGCUCCACAACAACGGGACGAUCGUCUGA